AUGGCAGAGUCAUUCAACGAGCUCACAGCUCGCUUCCUAAGCUGGUUCAAGCAGCUCCCCGGCGCCACCUUUUCCGAUGCCAUUGCCAUCCAGGACUUACGCAGCCGCAAAGCCGGUCGCGGCAUCAUCGCGCUGCAAGACAUUGCCCCCGAGAUGGUGCUCUUCCGCAUCCCGCGGCGGUCCAUCAUCAACGUCGAGACGUCGGCGCUGCGCGCCAAGCUCCCCGCGCUCUUCUCCGACGAGGGCAUCUCGCACGGCAAGGCCGACGACGACGACCCCUCGUCCUCGCAGCUUGACUCCUGGAGCGCCCUUAUCCUCGUGCUCCUCUACGAGCACCUGCUCGGCGCCGCGUCCGCCUGGCGGCCGUACCUUGACGUCCUGCCCGAGUCGUUCGCCACGCCCAUGUUCUGGACCCCCACUGAGCUGGCCGAGCUGCAGACGAGCGCCACCGUGUCCAAGAUUGGCCGCGAGGGCGCCGAGAACAUGUUUCGCGGCAUCCUGCUGCCGGCGGUGCGCGCGCACGCCGAUGUGUUCCAGGGCAGCGCGGCGCUGAGCGACGAGCAGCUCGUGCAGCUGGCGCACCGCAUGGGCAGCACCAUCAUGGCGUACGCGUUUGAUCUGGAGAAUGACGAGGACAGGGACGAGGAUGAGGAGGACGGCUGGGUGGAGGACCGCGACGGCAAGGCCAUGAUGGGCAUGGUGCCGAUGGCGGACAUCCUGAAUGCGGAUGCCGAAUUCAACGCACACGUCAACCACGGCGACGACGAGCUCACCGUCACCGCCCUCCGCCCCAUCAAGGCCGGCGAGGAGAUUCUCAACUACUACGGCCCGCACCCCAAUUCGGAGCUCCUCCGCCGCUACGGCUACGUGACGGAGCGCCACUCCCGGUACGACGUGGUCGAGAUUCCCUGGGAAAUGGUCGAGGCCGCCACCGUGUCCCAGCUGCAGCUCCCCCAAGAAGCCUGGGCCAAAGUCCGCGGCCAGCUCGACGAGGACGAAAUGGAAGACACUUUUGUCCUCGAGCGCGAGUGCCCCGAGGUCACCCCCGAGGGCACCUUCCCGGCCUCCCCGGCGGCCCGGUUCGCCGCGCUGCCGGGCGACCUCGAGGAGCAGCUCAAGGAGUUCCUCAAGGCGGUCCGCGCCGUCGACGCGAGCCUCAUCCCGGACAAGCGCAAGCGCGACGAGCUGCAGGCCGCCAUCAUGGUGCGCGUGCUGGCCGCGCUCGAGGCGCAGUACCCGACGACCCUGGCGCAGGACGAGCAGAUCCUCGCGAGCGACGCGCCGCUCGGCGACCGGGAGCGCAUGGCGCUCGCGGUGCGCCUCGGCGAGAAGAGGCUGAUACGCGAGGCGCAGGCGUUCCUGGAGGCGUCGGGGCAGCAGCAGCAGGACGGCGACAGUCCGGUCAAGAGGGCCAGACUUGACUAA